CCAAUUUGUGACUUUCUCUGCACGAACGGUGAGUGCACCGCGCCAAACGUAUGCAUCUGCGACCCGGGUUACUAUCCGUCGUGGAUCGAAUUUCAGAAUCACUCUCUCGACAGCAAGGAGCGCGUUUGUAUGAAACGUUACGGACCUCCCUGCGAUGCGCUGUCGUGCGGCGAUAACGGCACCUGCCACCCGUCCGGCAUUUGCGUCUGCAACGACGAUUACGCGAGAGACACGAACGGCGACUGCGUGCCGAUCUGCGUCCCGGCCUGCACCCACGGCACGUGCACGGCGCUGCAUCGCUGCACGUGCCACGACGGCUACGCGCCGCGGAACGAGAGCUCCUGCGAGCCGAUUUGCAAGGGGGGUUGCCAGAACGGCGACUGCAUCAGCCCGAAUCAUUGCGUUUGCCACGACGGUUUCAUACCAAAUCUCGACCGUCAUUCCGGGGGGCCAGAAUGCAUCCCCCUGUGCACUCGUAACUGCAGCGGACACGGCGGAUGUGACAGCGACAGGUGCGAGUGUCACUUUGGAUGGACGGGACCGGACUGCGACCAACCGACGAUGUGCGUCAUAACGGUGGCUUACAAUCAUGCUGAUGUCAAAAGAAUCACAAUUCGCAAUGACACGAACAGCACAAUCAUGCGAUUCUACGAGGACGCGCCGUACUGUCAAUGUGACGAGGCCCUUGGCAACGAAACGUUGUGUUACAUGAUGCAAUCUGAUGAUGGCAAUACGACUUCUAAUAUUGCCUGCUUGUUUAGUACAGAUUUACCUUGUUACACGACACCUCGUUACAAUGCUUCGAUUAAUAUUACCAAAAUAGUUUGGCCUUUCGUGACUAUUGCUAUAUUAGUGGCCACAGGUUUAACAACAGCAGCAUAUUUAAUGUAUCGCAAACGUCAAGAGAAGAAAUUGACUACAGUUCCAGUAGGUCCGUCGACAAAUGUCUUUGUGCGAGAAUCUUUUGCUACUGAGUUUUUGUUGACUGACAAUGAGCUAUAACUUUAAAGAAGACAUCAAUCACGAAGAAUGGACUGCAAUAGUUGUGAUAAUAGCAAUUCUAAUAAUAAUGAAUUAGAUGAUAUGUUAAAACCCGUGACAUCUCAUAAAGUAGAAAUAGUAAUAUUCAUUCAGCCACUAGUCUCUAGUAACAAUUAUGUUUUUUCAUAUAAACCUAAUCAAA